GCACCCCCGUGCGUGGAAAAGCACUGUUUGGUCGCGGAGCUAUGCGCGCGGACGUACUGCACUCGGGUUCACCAUUCGUUCAGUGUCGCGCUCGGUUUCUUUUUUGCCCGGAUCUCGCGGAGCUCCCUCCCCCAGCCGCUGCUAGCUCGCAGAGUUGCUAAGCGAGCGUGUCAAGUUCAAAAAUAACAUUAGCGUAGAGCCGUCGUUCGCACAAGCCCUCGGUAGCUUUUGUAGCUAACAGAAAAAAAACGACCGACAGCCAAGCGGGCUCUACCGGCUCCAUUUUCUUUGUCCCAACUUCUUGAUUCGAUAACAGAGUUAGCUUUGCACUCAUUGACCCUCUCUACACCUAAUACUAAACAACAAAUGAUCGUGUGAUUUUAUAAUAACAAUAAGGAUAACAUUAGUGCAUCAAUUGGGCCAAGCUUUUGAAAAAGCUUGUGUGAAAUAUGUGGUAAUUUUCCCCCGUUGCUCCUUCAUUGUUGACGAGAUACUCAAAAAAACGUAGUGUAACUAUUUAAGUCAUACGAGAAUAUUUGUUGAAUAGAUACCAUGUAACUGUUAUUCUUCGAAAAUGUGGUACAGCGGCGUUGUUGACACUUUUGAUUGACCGAGCUGAAGGUGGUCAGCGUAAACCCAUACAUUCAAAAGAUUAAUGUUUACUGCAAACAGAUCACUAAAUAACAGUAACAUUACUCGACGCUGUUGACAUUUAAUGUACUGCUGUUCAAUGCAAGUACUUCGACGAGCUUGUGUACACGUUUUCUUUUAACAGUGUAUAAAUAUAGCUGUAGUGAAGGGCGGCCGUCAGUCACGGUCAUACACUUUUAUGUUAUGACCACACUGAAUUGAUAGUUUUUCGCGCAGUCUGUAUUUGCUUCUGCUGUUUGAGCAGAUUUACUUAUAGAUUAGUCUGAAUAAUAUGUUGCAUGUUACAUUAUCGAUCAUAAGCCAGUGUUGUUACAAAUGAUCCGUUAAACAAAUUAAAAGAAACAGCCUUGAUCUUUUAUUAAUUGUCUUUAUAGAUCUGAAUACAUCCUAGGCCUACUUCCAUCAGCCACUUACUGCUGGGAGACAGAGGUUUUGAAAAUGAGGUGUUAAAAAUAAAUAUAAAUAAUAAUUUAUAACUGUAAGCAGGGCCAGACUCAAAAUAGGCAGCAAGUGUCCCACAUUGUGUUGUCACAGUAUCAAAAUUUCAGUAGUCGGUACCGAUGCAGUGACAUUUCACGGUUCUCGAUACCAAUUUCGAUACCACAGAAAAAAUUUGCUAAUGUGCUAUUGAACACACUCCUUUAGCCUAUUUAAUGUUAAAUUUCAAUGUAAAUAUACAUUAAAAUAUAUGCAUGUUUCCUUCAAGUGUUUCUAACACUUUUUUGUUUUUAAGCAGGGCCCUACUGAAUUCUGUUUUAUUUUUUCCCUAAUUCCUUUUUUACUUUUUCAUUAUCAAAAUGGGUGGCCUGGAUAGCUCAGUGGUAAAAUACGUUGGCUACCACCCCUGGAGUUCGCUAGUUCGAAUCCCAGGGCGUGCUGAGUGACUCCAGCCAGGUCUCCUAAGCAACCAAAUUGGCCCGGUUGCUAGGGAGGGUAGAGUCACAUGGGGUAACCUCCUCGUGGUCGCUAUAAUGUGGUUUGUUCUCAGUGGGGUGCAUGGUGAAUUGAGCGUGGUUGCCGCGGUGGAUGGAGUGAAGCCUCCACACGCGCUAUGUCUCCAUGGCAACGCGCUCAACAAGCCACGUGAUAAGAUGCGCAGGUUGACUGUCUCAGACGCGGAGGCAACUGGGAUUCGUCCUCCGCCACCUGGACUGAGGCGAAUCACUAUGCGACCACGAGGACUUAGAGCGCAUUGGGAAUUGGGCAUUCCAAAUUGGGAGAAAAAAAAAAUUUCAUUAUCAAAAUGGUGUCAAAUAAAAAAAAUUCUUAAACUUUUAAAAACAUUUAACAAGUAAAAAUAGAACAAUUAUUAUCAACAUACCAUUGCAUUUUUUAACAAACAUUUAUUCAGUAAAAAAAUGCUCUUGCUUGAUAUAUUGCUUAAUUUUUAUUAUUAUUACAAUCAUUAUUAUUAUAAUUAUUAUUUCUAUAGCGAUUACAUUUUACUAUACAGUUAUAAUAUAUUUCUGUUGCAAUUUCAGGCGUUUAGCUUUUAUUAUGAAUCAUGCUUUUAUUUUGAUCUGUUUUUGACGGAAGUUUGACCUCUGGAUAAACGGUUCACUACAUGGCUCAGUGUGAUCGUUAAAGCGCAAAUGCUGUGAUUUAAUUAUAUAAAUUCUAUAAAAAUAACGCUUCAGGGUGGAUUAGUGCUCUGCUCUGUCAUCUAUCAUACAAUGCGAAUGAUUCUCAUAGUCUGUAAAGUUUCCAGUGUAUGAGCGGUCUGCUUCACACAUUAAUUUAAAGCUCAUGCAGCUCAUACAGACUAAGAUUGCAGCAUUUCACGGUUUAGUAAUCACAUUAGGACAUAUCGUGAUUUUAAUUUGAUUAGUUGUGCAUUUCAGUGUAAAAGGAGUAACAGAGCUCAAGCGUGUGAGCAUUUGAAAGCAGUCGUGUGUCAGUGUGCGGGUACCGAAUUAAGUCUGUGCUCGGUACUACCGAGAAUCAAUGGUAUCAUUAGAUCUUUUUUUAUUUUAGUACCGAAGUACUGGUACUUUUGACAACACUGACACCCACAGUAAGCAUAAUCCAAAGAAUGCACAGAGGUAAUAUUAUUUAAAUUGAAAAUGCACAAUUGUUUACAAAUCGCCAAGUGGGGCUCGAACCAGUACCCUUCCGAUCUCCAGUGCAGCGCACAAAUGGCCAAAACAUGGACAGUCACCAAAAGUAGAUAAAUUGAGAUUACAAAACAAUUUAUGAGGAUUUUUUUUUACAGCUAAGUGGUGUUGAAUUGAAUCAGAAAGUAUGCUGUGAAGUACGGCCUAUGUUGUAUUAAUCCCAGCAACGGUGAACAGAAGUACAAAUAAAAAAUAAAAAACUUUUGUAGGAUUCAAACUCCCAAACUUUAUGCUUGGUGUACAGAAUUGCACACACUGCGCCAGUCAGUUGAAGCGACCCAUCGAUGGCAAAAAGACAUGCCAAAGGCAUGGUUAGUUAUCUUUUGAACUAUAGGUGGCACUGUCUCCAAACUCCUUGGGUACCCUCAGGAUACGAUGUCGAUGAUGCAUAACCAUUUUCUUUCAAUUCUGACGAAGUACUCAAAAGAUGCAUCAAUUUAUAAUAAAUUUAAGUUGACAUCGUUAACUUUGCGUGGCCGUAAGGGGGCGGCAUAACAUUUACUGAAGCCGGUUGCGGCAUGGACAGGGCAGAAAUCAAAAACAAGUUACGAGCUGAUGGCAGUCCAGUAUUAUGAAGGUUUUAGUACUGCAAGAAUCCAGGUUUCAACUUUUUAAUUUGUGUUAAAAUGUGUAGUUGAUAUUAAAUUUCCAACAGUGACAGCUCGUAUUAUUACACAUGCAAGUUAAACAUUGUGUAAUUAAAUUUUUUUUAUCGAUUCAUAUAUACACCACAAAGAAAAACCCAACACAUAUACAAUGAAUCAACAUUUCACAUUCAAACCCCACUAAUAUCCCUCCCCAUUCACCAACCCCACCCUGACCCCCGACGAACACCCCUGUGGUCCCACAUAAUAACACACACACAACAAAAAAGAAAAUAUAAUAAACAUACAUAAUUAAACUAAACUACAGUCUCCACAUCCCCUCCCUGAGAGUCCCCCCCAAAAACUAAAUAAUUGCCCCAUUUCUUAACAAAUAAGUCCCAAAACCACAGCCUUCUACUUACCACUUCCUCGAAAGCAGCCACCCUCCCCAUUUCCACACACCACUCCGAAAAAGAGGGCGCUCCAUCCGACUUCCAUCCCCUUAAAAUUAUUUGCUUGCUGAUCAUGAGACUGGUCAGAACCCAAUUUUUUAUGUGAUUAUCCCCCAAAUUUAGGACCACCCCAUCACCCAAAAUACAGAGUCUGGGACAAAGUAAAAUUUGAGUGCUCAAAACUUCAUACAUACAACUCAUUGAAUCUUAGAAUACCACCAAAAAACAUGGAUUGUGUCUCCAUCUUCUGAUUGGCAUCGCCAGCAGGUGGGUGUGUCUUUAAAGGAAUAGUUCACCCAAAAAUUAAAAUUUGCUGAUAUUUUACUCACCCUCAGGCCAUCCAAGAUGUAUCUGAGUUUCUUUCUUCAUCAAAACAGAAUUUAAGACUUUUAGGAUUUAAUUUCAGGCCUCCUCCUCUAAACAAUGCAAGUGAAUCUCCUCCAUUUCUUGAUGGUCUAAAAUGCAUAUUUAGGGUGCAUCAAAAUAAUCCACGACUCCAGUCGACAAAUAAAGGUCUUCUGAACGCAAACGAUUGAUUAAUUUUAGAAACAAAACAAUACUUAUAUACUUUUUAACUACAAAUUUUUGUAGAGGGGGACAUGUACAGGGAGAGAUUGUAACAAGUAGUUAAACUUUGGAAUACAAUUCAUUUGAAUAACAUUAACCUUCCCAAUCAUAGAUAAAUGUAAUGAAGCCCACCUGCCCACAUUGCUCAAAAACCUUAUUAAGGGAUCAAAAUUAACUAACUAAAUCAGACAAAUUUGCUGGGAAUAAAAUGCCCAAAUACUUAGUGCCCUGUUUGGGCCACUAGAAGGAGCCCAGCUGAAAAGCAGUUACUGGGUAGUACGCUGUCAGAGCCAAAGCUUUGGAUUUAGACCAAUUGACUCUGUAUCUUAAAAAAAGGAAUUAAUAAUUCUGUGGAGGCAAGGCAUAGAUCUAGUCGAGUCAGAGACAAAUAACAAAAUAUCAUCUGCGUAAUUACCUCACUAAGCUCCACCAAGGUUAUCUCAGACUCGAUAAUUUUUUUGCUCCGUCGUCAGUUUAGGGAGUUCUAAUGGUUUCACAAAAUUUCUAAUAUCCUCAUCAGUAGACGAAGACGUGGAACUAUAGAGAUAAAAAUAGAAUCCUUUAAAAGCAUUACUAAUAUCAAUGGCUGAGGUAAAUAUUUUACCACCAGCAGAUUUCACUGAGGGAAUGGUAGAAAAAGACUCUCUGCUUUAUAUAUCUAGCCAAAAGCUUCCCUGCUUUAUCCCUCGACUCAAAGUAUGACUGUCUUGCCCUGAAUAGCCAAAACUCCACUUUCCACGACAAAAUAGUAUUAUAUCUAUUUCAAUCGGGUCAAUUCUCUGAGGCCAUCAGACGACAUUCGGUGCUUCAGCUCUGCCUCGACACUUUUAAUAUUCCCUUCCAACUCCACGAGUUCUUGUGCUUUGGAUUUUUUUAUAAAUGAGGAAUACUCUAUGAUCCCACCCCUAAGAACUGACUUAAGUCUCCAUGUAAACAUUGAUUUCAGCCUUUAACAUUUGUUGGAAAUCAGGAUUUUGCAAAAGGGAUACAUUAAAGCGGCAACUAUAUGAUUUAUUUUUCUCCGUAUGUGGCAACACCUCUAAACUCACCAAGGCGUGAUCUGAGACUAAGAUGUUUCCAAUUGAACAACAACAGAUGAAAUGAGGGACUUAGGUAUGAAAAAAUAAAUAAAAAUCUAUUCUACAAUAAAUCAUAUGGACUGAUGAAAAAAAUUUAUAGUCCCUACCAGAUGGGUUCAAAAGUCUCCAAAUAUCUGUAAGACCAAGAUUUUUACACAUCCUGUGAAGCGUCAGUGUUGCUCUAGGGGCUUGCGCACUUUUGCUUCACUAUGAUCAAGGACUGAGUCCAUCAAAAGAUUAAAGUCUCCUCCCAAUAUUAUAUCAUGAGGGGUGCCAGCGGCUUGCAACAUCCUUCAAGAUCUAUAAAAAAGCCCUGAUCAUCAGCGUUAAGUGCGUAAAUAUUAGCCAAAAUCAACCGUUGCCCCUGAAUUUCUGCUAAAACAAUAAUGACUCUUCCUAAUUUAUCGUUAAUCUGUUUGAGACAUUUGAAUUGUAGAUGCUCCCUUAUCAAUGUAAUGACUCCCCUGCUCUCACUUGAGCCAGCACUAAAGAAAACAUGUCCACCCCAUAUCUUCCCAAAUUUUUCAGCUUCCUGCAGGGGAAGAUGCAUUUCUUGAAGAAACACUAUCAUAUUUCUUACGUUUAAGAAAAAAAUAACCUUUUUAUGGGGUGCCCUAACCCAUUCACAUUCCACGUGGAGAGAGAUAGUCCACUCAUAUUGACAUUUUGACAUGUUAGAAAUAAUAGAUUGUGUCAAAAAUAAAAAUGAUAAAGACCACAUUCCACAUUAUUGCAACAAUCAAACCCCAAACCAAACAAACAGAAAAAAGAAAAACGUGCGCAUUAACCCCGUGCACGACCGUGCCAACUGGCGUCCAUCCCUCUAAACUCAAACAGUCCAUGUACGCUUACGAGAGUCCUUGCAACAACUUUGCCGUCGGAUUGCUCAAGUCCGGUGCUGCUUUACAAAUUUUGUGAGACAGAAUUACAAAACAGAAAAUAAUCUAUAAAACAAACCUCCAGCCAGUAGGCAAAAUAAACACAAAGAACGUGUAGAUUAAUUCCCAAAACUGUAUCAAAGGUGUGUUCCUCCACAAAACAAGCUCCAGCCGCUAGCGGAACCAGCACAAAAAAAAAAAAAAUCUAUUCGGUUAACUCGGACAGUCAAACAAAUGUUUAGUGAGCUGGCUGUUCAUGAGUGCAGCAGAUGAAUUAAUCCUUCCAAUGUCCUGCAAAAAAUACUCCAAAACAAAAUCCAGCCAAUAGGAGGCAUAAACACAAGGAACAUGCAGAUUCAUCCAUAACUGUCCCAAAGGAGAGUUAUUCCACAAAACAAACUCCAGCCGCUAGGCAGAGUCAAGAUAAAAAGAAACAAAAUGGCGCCCAGCUUCCUCAGACAGUCAAGAGUAUAUUCAGCAAGUUAAUUUCACUUGGGGGCCACAUGAGGAACACCAAAUGGCUUAUUCACUCCGAUGUUUUUAUGAAGGACAUCGCUUGCUGUGGAGAUGUAAAUACUUUGCGGCCAUCCUUAUUAUCUAUUCUCAGUUUGGCCGGAAACAUCAGUGCAAAAGCGAUCUUCCGUUGAUGUGAGAGAUUGUUGCAUUCCUUGAAUCUAUCACGUUUCUCUCUUGUCGAAUUCGCAAAGUCUGGGAAAAAGAAAAUGUUGUGGUUCUUCCAAGAAUUCUUUCCUUUACUCCUCACCUCGUGCAACACAAGAUCUUUAUCGGAUGAUCUCAAAUUUGACCAGAAUUGAUCGGGGCCUGUCUCCCUCCAUGGAUCUCCGAGCCGGGACUCUGUUAGCUCGCUCGAUUUCCAGCUUAUGGCCUGUUAUGUCGAGCAGACUCGGGAAGAGCUCAUCUAGGAAUUUCACCAUAUCUCGGCCUUCCUCAUGCUCAGGAAUUCCAGCAAUUCGGACGUUGUUUCGAUUACGAUUCUCCAAAUCCUCCAGUUUUUCCCCAAACGUGUUCCAAAUCCACCUUGAUCGCUAACGGAUUAGCAGCUAAUUCCCUCUUUGAUGACUCCAGAUAAUCGAUCCGUCUCUCGACGUCCGACAGUCUUUUAACCAACUCGGUGUAUUUCAUCUCCAUGGAAGUAAUCGAUCGACGUAUUGCAGCAAGAUCCUUCAAAUCUGCAACUACUUUCGUCAGCAUUGCCGACACAUUCAUCAAUUCACGCCGGACUUCUUUCAGUUCACCGUCUGAAUUGAGUUCGUGGCUUUCGGUCUGUUGCUCCGGGGAAUCAGCCUGAGCACGGUUUGAAAGUAUACUAGAGGGAAUAUAUGGACCAAGACUGCUGCAAGAUCUCAAUAUAUUUGAUGAGUGUGAACCAGAGGAUGUGGAUGAUUGGUCAAUGGAUGCAAACUGCUCCUUUUGCAACCUGCAUUUGGAGAAACUAAAUGACUGUCCUCCGUCUGUGAUCGUGCCUGGGUCGCCAACCCCUGCAGAAUCCCCCCCACCUCAGGGCCUGUCAACCUCUGAUAAACUCCAGUGCCAAGCAGACAGAUUCCUCCACGCUAUAUUUCGCAAAAAGGAGUUCCCUCAGAGCUGCGAUUCCAGUGUACCAUUGGUGGCGCAGGACUUGAUGCGCCAGAUGAUUCGGCAGUUUGCCUUAGAAUAUGCAUGUAAAAGUCAGGCUCACGAGGGCCUGAAUGGCCUUUGUGACAACUCUGACCUUCUCCCUCAUGAACCGGAUCCUGAUGGGCCCCUGGACCUCAGCCGAGCUUCCCAGGCCCUGCAGCAAUUAGAUGGAGUACUUGACCUCUCUAAGAAAAACACGUCUUCAGAAAAUGCAUCUACUCAAGUUUCAGGUUCCUUAGGGCCAAAUGAGGAGGACCAUUCCAGACUGGGGAAGGAUGAUGGUUCUAAAGUUCCAGAGGUCUGGAGAGUCACUGUGUUGGAGAAAGUCAUGUCGUCACUUUGUUCCCACCAUAGACUGCUGCUCUAUCAUAUUCUAAUGGACAUGCAGGAAGACUACAACAUCUCUGUAACUCUGCGGGAUGCUCACAGACAACGAUUUAAGGCUGAACCCCUCUGCUUCCAUGCAGACAAAAAAAUCCAAACACUUACAUUAAGUGACUGUUCUGAAACUGCUGGCAUUUGUUGUAGAACAGCUUGUAGGGUUUCAGCUUGCAUGUUUACUCCUAUGUGUGUGUGUCUGAAGAACAUUCAUGGCCAUUCGUGCCAGAAUAUAGCCAUGGCAUGUGUUGGCAAAGUUAACUGUUGUAACUCUACUGUUUGUUGUACAAAAAUAUCCUUGUGCCAGCAUCAGAAUGAUCAAGCCUAUAUUUCUUAUACAAGAGGUGUCCCAGUAAACUCUCAAAACGAUUGUAACUCUCAUAAUGGAAGUAAAGGAAGUCGUAGCCCCUCCCCACCACCACUAUCGCCAAAGCCUGUGGACACUGAGUGUAAAAUGAAUGCAAAGACCAGCAUCUCCCACAUUCAGGAUUGCAAGGUCCUGAAUAUGGCACCUCCUCCUCUCCUACCUCACAGAACAGAGUUUGAAGAGACAGCUUUGUACUCUAACACUCCUCAUAUGGGAUCAACUGAUGAACAUUCCAAAAAGGUUUUGACAUCUCAUACACAAGCAGAGAAAGAGAAUGACCAUCAGUGUGGAUCUUUAAUUGGAGACCUAAUGGAUAGAGUCACUGAAAAGCUCAAGAGUAUCCAACCAUCAGAGAAGGAACAGACAAUUUUUGCCCAUGCCAAUCAAAUGUCCAAGACAAGCGAUGACACACAUUUGACCGAGAUAAUAACAACUGUACUACAUAAUAGUAGUGACAAAGAUUACAACCUUAAUGAGCUUUUACAACAGCAUGUAGCCACAGAACAGCGAUCCCCUCAGACACGUUUUCGUAAGAGAUUGGAAACUUUAGAGGCCAUGAGCAAGUCACCUGACCUUCCAUCUUCAAGAAGAAAAAGCUUACAAAUCAAAAGAGAUUUGGCCCGACUUAGUCCAUCAUAUUGCAGGAGGAAGAUAGGGUUUGAGAGAGAGAGGUGUCCAAAAAGUUUUAAACCUCCUCAUCCCACACACUCUGAUGUUGAGCAAUUUGAAUGCAGUAGGCUGGAAAGAGUAUCCAAGACAGUGGACACAAAGCUCCUAAAAGAUACCUGUGACAAUCUGACAACUCGAGCACAAACGGAUGAGACACAGCAUAAUCAAGAGGAGCAAGAAACUCAACCGCAACAUGUUGGUCUGAAAGAACUACUGCCUCCUCCUGAUGAAAAGGCACAAUCACAAACAGCUGGAUGUCACUGGAAGGCGAAAGCAAAAACCCAUGAAGAGAAAAGGCUAACUGUUGAAAUUGGAAGGUCCAGACGAAAUAUUGUUCCACCCCAGCGUUUCUCUUCAUACGUCACUGAGCCACGAAAGAUGUAUUUUGCUGCCUGUUUUUCAGAAAGUAUAUUCAUCAAGCAUUCCCCUACAGAUGGCACCUCAACAGCACUUGGUAUCAGAGAAGAAACGGUCAGUGAUGAAAAGCCAUUCAAAAUUGAAGAUGAAAAUCAAGACUGUGAUAUUUUACAGAAAAUGGCUUCACUAAAAGAUGACAUUUCAUCCAAAGAAAAGCCACUAUAUGAGGAUGACAAUGAUGGAAAGAAUCACCAUAAACUGAGUUCAAGAAAAAGGAAAACAUGCCAGAAUUCCACGUCACCAUCAAAAAGAUCUAAACCCAAUAAAACAAAUAGUCCAGACACUGACUCGCACAGUCCUACUAUACCCAUGUCUAACUCUACAACCACUGAGAAUGUAAAACAUGUUAAAGAGAGCCAUUCUGGAUUGAAGUACGAUAGUCCAAUAAAGCUUAUGUUUGUUUCCACUGUGAGAGGUGAAGAUGGUGUAAAAUAUACACUUAAAGCAGCUGCCUCUGGCUCAAAUUCACAUGGAGAGAUGUUUGAUCCAUGUUUGGAAUCCUCAUGGGCAGGCAGUGCAAUAGAUGAACAUGUGCACAAUUCAGUCAUUGAACCUGCUCCAUGGAAAACUGAGAAUAGUGGGAAGAAAUGCACCUCACCAAAAGAAGUGGCUUCACUUGAUAUAAUAUUGCCCAGUUGUUCAAACAGUGAAGGUGUGAACCGAGAAACCAUACCAACUACACAUCAAACAACCCCAGUAAAAAGGCGUCCUGGGCGCCCCAAAAAAUUAGGACCACAAAUUGAGAAAUCUGUAAAACGUCCCAUUGGCAGACCUCCAAAAUUCAAAACAAUAGACUCAGGUGCUUCUAGAGGUAAAACUGCAUCCAGUAUGGUGAAUCAUAGAACAUCAGAAAUGUCUUGUAAGGAUGAUAGAAAUAAAAAUCUAAAGAUUACUAUAGUGUAUGGAAGAUCAAGAAGGGCAAGAAGGGUAGUUUCUGAUGAUCUGGAUAAUUUCCCAGCAUAUCAACAUGUUUAUGAAGUAUGUAAUAGUGGCAUGUAUAGUAAGACAUGUUCUGGAAUUAAAGGCAGUAAUGAUGAAAUGACCAAAGAUCAGUUCAAGGAUCUCAAUUGUGUUAUGCCUGUUGAAGAAAGGAAAUGCACAAUCCAUACCUGCAGCAACAUCAAAUGUCAAAGACCGAGUGAAACGGCAGUGUCAAGAAAGCCAGGAAGACCUCCCAAGGUCAAGAUUUCUGGGAUUUCUGUCACUGUCACUGCAGAAUCACCAAGGCAAAGAAAGAUACACAUGAAAAGGGACACAAAAUCUUCACAUCUGCUCCGUAGGACACUUCCAGUUGAACCUGAGCCUUCCAAAGAGCAGAAGAUGAUCAAUAUUCCUACUGACGUACACACGCAUGAUGUGGAUGCACUGAAAGAACAUUGUCAGAGUGCUAGAAGGCCACUUAUACCAGUGAGACAUUCCGUUAGAGAGCGGAAACCCUCAAUUCAUUUGCUCCACUCUGUUGCUACUGCCAGGUCCUGUGCACUGGUUCGUAGGUCACGAAAACUACUGCUGAAUAAGGCUAGCUCUGAGGCCAGCCAUCCUACACUGAGCAGACAUGAGGAGCCCCCAAACAAUGCACUUUCCACAAAGACCAAUAAUGUCCACUGCAUGCAAGAUAUAGUCCAUUUUUCUUCAGUUUCAGUGGACCCAAUUUUCUCAUCUACUGAAGGUUUUAGGUGGUGGCCUACUUCAGCAUCACCUGAGACCUUAAAUGAAGAGUUAUCCAGGAGGAUCAGGCUGAUGUCCAAUACUUGGGUAUCGGAUGUCCUAGAGGCCAACAAGUCAGUGGAAAUGAAAACCGAUCUUAUACCAAAAACCUGUGAGAGGCCUAGUAGUUCUGAGAGGAAGUCUGCCAUCAAAAUGCUCUUUGAGAAAAGCUAUAAUAUGGAGAAGCUCUGUACUUGGUUUAUGCAGACCACAGAAACUCAGUCCCUUGCGAUUGUAAAGAAGGCAAGUUCGAGAAAUCCCAAGGAGGUCUUUCGCUAUAACUCCAGCAGACCUAAUUGCAAAGUGAAUGUUUGCCCAAGUUCACAGGCAGAGCGGCUCAGGAAACAUGUAAAAAAAUUUGCUAAAGUUGUCCCAAAGAGUCCAUCAAUGCACAAGCAAGCUCAAAAAAUGCUGUUCAAGGCAAGGUCACAAGCCAAGAGAAAGCUCUUUAACAUACCACCAUUUAAACAGAGGAAUGAUGUUGGCCAGCAGAUGUCUAGGUCUAGAUGCACAUGGGUUGUUUACAGAACAACUUCACUCAGAGUGAGGCUAAAGUUUAGAACCAGGCCCAGGAAAACAUUAAGAGUUGAUAAGGCACACAAAGUCCUUAGUGGUCAGAUGAGAACAAAGACUUCAGGUGUUCCGACUAUAGAAUUGUUGAACGAAAUGCCUAAUUUUGUAGAAAAAACAUCCACACCAGUCAUGAAAGCACAAAAUGCAUUCAAGCUUUCAGUAAAAAGUCCAAGUGUAGUCAAAGCUCCCCAGAAGAUGAUUGGGAUUACCAAUAUUUCAAAAGAGAACAGAAUCAGCUCCAAAGCUUGGAGUCCCGAGUCCCUGAAGGAGUGCAGGGUUUUUCUAAAAAAGAUCAACUCCCCAAACACACAGUCAACGACAGAGGAAUGUAACAUUUGCACAGUAAAGCUCUAUGAUGUCUCUCCAGAGCAAGAGGAGACGGAGAGAAAUGAGGGCAUUAUGAUGGGGGGUAAACUUGAAUCUCCAGUACAGCUGCCCUUAUCUCCAAAAAGCCAGAGCAAGAGAGGAGGAAAAAGAGGCAAAUGGAAAAGCUGCAGCACAAGUACAUCUCCCCCAGUAAAAAUGCUCAGACAAUCAAGGAGCAGCAGGGGUGUUCUGGGAGCGAGGUGGUGUGACUUUGUUCUUGGUUCUUUGAAAUAACUUGGGACCAGUCUCUAGCAAGACAUUCUCUUGAACUCAAAUAUAAGGUGCCUUUUAACAGUGGUCUGGUUGAGUAUUACAAGCAUUAUGACACACGACCUCAGCAAGCGUCAUGUAGCAGAAAAAACUUGACACUUGUCACUAUUUAGACACUUGUUGCACUAUUUAAAUCUACUUCAUGGUUUCUUUUGUUUGUAGUGUUUUGUUUUCCUUUUAAAAGCUCCCUCAAUUUUAUUCUUGGUGCAUACCAAGAGAAGUAAAGUUUUUUUUCUACAUUGCAUGGAGUAUCAAAGGUUACGAACACUGUUUGGUUUGUCCAACCUAGGACUCUCAUAGCAGAGCUCAACUCGGGUCAAUUUAAGACAAACUUUUAUAAAAUUCUAAAAGAUAUGUUCAUUCAAAACAUUUAUCAUCUACAUUUUACAAGUAUCUUGUAAAAGAGCUUUUUAAAUGGGUUCUUUGCAAGUACUGCAAAGUUUAAAGAUAACAUGUACAUUUUUUAAGUUGUGAAUAAGUCCAUUGACGAAAGAAACUGCUUAAAUCAGUGUAAGCUGGUUUGCUGGUCUCUUGGCUGGCUUUGGGCACUUUUCAGUUGUUUAGACUGGGAGGCCAACUUAGACCAGCAAACCACCAUAGGUCUGUUUUUCAGCAGGGUAUAAAAUAGUUGUCUUAUGUCCUAUAAAUCUUGGGUCAGUAAGACCUUUUGGGGGGGGGGGGCAGUUCUGUUUGCUACCCACUCCUACAGUAAUCACAAAGCAUCAAAAAAUUAGUUUUUUAUUUUUAUAUAUUUUUAUUUUUUUGUGCAUCUCUGUAUCCAGUUAGUGCCCCUUGCCUUCUAUUUAUGGAAACCUAGCUUUUCUUAGAACUUCUGUGAAUUUUGAAUGUUUGUCAAUUUGUUAAUUCAUUUAAGCAUUAAUUUACAUCCUGAUUUUUGUUGCACUACCAAGCCCCAACAUUUUGUUUUAUACUUACUGACAACCAUUGUAAUGUAUAGUGUCAUUUUGGUGCAAUGUUUUAGUCUAUGAAAGCCAGACUUUUUAUUAUUAUUAUUAUUAUUAUUAUUAUUAUUAAAAGCUUUUAAGAUGAUCCAGAGACACAUAUGUUCCACUUAUUUCUUGAAUAGAAGAUUUUUUUAUGUGCAAAUCUUAAUGUGUGAUCUAUUGCAGUAUGACACCUACCUCCUGAAAUCAACUGGUAUUGAUUACCCUAGUGGUGUAACCGUGUGUUUAGCCAGGCCAAUCAACUAGGCCUAUACCAAGAGCAUUUAAACUAGUGAUACAACCAGUGUAUGUUUAGUUUGCUCCAAUUUAUUUAAAUACUGCAUUACUAGCCCUAUUUUCCAACUGCUGUUGGUGUUACUAGUUUGUGACCCUGUACUUUCUCCCUUGUAACAAGACCGGUUAAGAUCUGUGCAAAAAGAAGACUAGUUGGUGCUACACUUUGAGACCACCUUAGUUGUACUUAUCACAAUUUUUACUCUGAGAAAUAUGGUUCAUUUUGACAAGUAGCUUGGAUUUGUCAUGAAACUGGUUUACUAGAUUUCAUUAAUUAGUGUCUGGAUCAAAAUCAGCUAGAGGCAUUUGUUCUUAACCUGCUGAAGUAGUGCUGGUGUUGAUCUCAUCUUUCAUUAUAAAGGGACCUACUAUCUAACAUUCUGGCUGUACAAAAAGACUGCAGAGAUUGGCUAGUGCCAACAAUGAGGUUUCUGCACAAGCAUGUGCUAACACCAGCCAUCUGAACACCAGCCAUCUGCUGUUUUAGGUCCUCAAUAACCAUUCAAACUACGAACAUUUUGGAGCUGCCCACUGGUUUCAAUGUGGCAAGAGAAUGUGCAGACAAGCUAGUUAAAUUGUGCAUUAUAUCUGUAUACCUUUGCCAACAAUAUGCUGGAGCUUGGAAUGGGCCUUCUGUAUAUUGUAUUACUAUGUUUGUUUAUGCCAUUUUAAGGUUUUGGCCACUGUCAACUUGUUACCUGGUGCUAUAUUUUGUACAUAAACUUAAUAUAAAUUAUACAAACUCAUCCCUUGUAUUUUCUCGUUUGUUUUAUACUUGUUUUCAUCAUUAGAACAAUAAAAAAGAUUGCAAAUA